AUGUCUUCAGUCGGGAAGUUGGGAGAGUUCGAGGUGAAGUGUGGUAAUUGGUCUUCAUACAUCGAUAGACUCGAAAUGUACUUUGUAGUGAAUAGUGUAAAAGACGACCUAAAGUUACCCACGUUGAUCGCUACUAUGGGGGAGGAAGCGUAUGAACUGUUGGUGAACCUCGCUAGUCCUAAGAAGCCAAAGGAUUUGACCUUCACUGAGGCGGACGACCUUAUGCGGAAACACCUACAACCGUCCCCGUCGGCUUUGGCGGAGCGGUAUCGUUUCAGGCAGAGAAGACAGAAUGUAGAAGAAAAUAUCGCGGGGUAUGUGGCUGAAUUAAAAAGAUUAGCGCGUAACUGUAAGUUUGGUAGCAGUUUGAGUGAAAAUUUACGAGACCAGUUUGUCUGUGGAAUGAGGAGUGAAGUGAUAAGGCAGAGGUUAUUCGCCGAGGACGAUGACUUGUCCUUCAGUAAUGCGGUCACGGUUGCAAGCUCGUUAGAAGCGGCGGAGAGGGACGCGGCAGCGGUGGAGCAGGGUGCGGGAGGCGCGGGCGCAGGCUGCGGCGGCGGCGGCGGGUCGAGCGCCAACGCCUUGCAUUCAUCUAUUAACGCAAUGGCAUUAACUACGCGUCAGCGCGGCCGAGGUCGGUUACGCAAUAGCGGGUCGCCGGGAACAAAUCGGACAGAUUCGCGGAACCAGGCGGCGGGACCGUGCAAAGUCUGCGGGUCGGAACGACACUCCGGGAAUUCGUGCCGCUAUCGGGACUAUAUUUGUAGCAGAUGCAAGCGGCCGGGGCAUUUGCGACGUAUGUGUGCAGCUUCGCAGGGGAGCGCACAAAACCGCGGGGCCCAGCGGGGUCGCGUAUAUUACGGCGAGGCGGAGGAAGACUACGACGAAGACGAGGGCGCGGGCGGCGCCAUGUCGCCGAUGUCCCCGCAGGAGGAGUCGGGAGAGAUACGAUUCUGGGACGCGAAUGGUUCGUCGGACUAUGACGAGGAAGAAUACCUACAUCAUUUGAGUUUAAGACACUAUAAGGCGGUAUAAAGAACUGUUCAAUGGCGGGUUGGGGCGGUACAGCGGUGGGUGUGCAACACUGCGCGUGCGCGAGGGCGCG